AUGUACAUAUAAGUUUACAAAAUUUUCAUCACGGAUAACAAACGAAGUAAUGAAAAAGUGUUAAUCGAACGAUAGUAUUUAUAAAAUAAUAAGAAUACACUUUCUUUGAAAGAAAAUCAUAUGAAAAAUUGAAAGUGCCAAAGUAAUGAUGUUUGAAGUAAAUUUGUAAUGUAUGUAUGUAGCCACGCAAUUGACACGUCACUUGUAACGAACCAAUAAUAUUCAAUUCUUCCGAUCCGGUUUUUAAAUGUUGUUCCAAUCGUUUCUUUUUUAAUUCAUAUAACUUUAGUUGUUCUAUCCAGACAUUAUUAAACAGUCAAAAUGAAGAUGGCUGCCGAGGUGAGGUGGCUCUUAGUAUUUCUCGCAUUUCUAACAUUUACUCUUGUUUUCGCCGAUAUUCCUCAUCGAAAAUUUGAGUAUAAAUACUCCUUUAAGCCACCAUAUCUCGCGCAAAAGGAUAGAUCAGUACCUUUUUGGGAAUAUGGAGGAAAUGCUAUUGCAAGUGCAGAAAACGUUAGAGUAGCCCCAUCACUAAGAAGUCAAAAGGGUGCAAUAUGGAUGAAACAACCAAUUAACUUUGAUUGGUGGGAAGUGGACUUAAUGUUCAGAAUUACUGGUCGUGGUAGAAUAGGUGCGGAUGGUUUAGCAUUUUGGUAUACUGGUGCCAAGGGUGCUUAUAAUGGCACCGUUUUUGGUAGUUCUGAUCAAUGGAACGGCCUUGGAGUUUUCUUUGACUCCUUUGAUAAUGACAAUAAACAUAAUAAUCCAUAUAUUAUGGCUGUGCAAAAUGAUGGCACAAAAAUUUUUGAUCACGCCAACGAUGGUACAACACAAUUACUGGCAGGUUGUUUAAGAGAUUUUCGUAACAAACCUUUUGCAACACGCGCAAGAAUAGAAUAUUACCAGAAUGUAUUAACGUUAUUUUUCCAUAGUGGUAUGACAAAUAACGAUCAAGAUUAUGAGACUUGUUUCCGUGUGGAAAAUGUAAUUUUACCAAAGUCUGGAUAUUUUGGUGUGUCAGCAGCUACAGGUGGUUUGGCUGAUGAUCACGAUGUAAUACAUUUCUUAACAACAUCUUUACAUCCACCUGGUCAAUUACCUACAGAUAGUUACAAAGUUUCUGUGGAAGAUCAAGUUAAAUUAAGUCAAGAAUAUCAAGAUUACCAAAAAAAAUUGGAACAACAAAAGGAAGAAUAUCACAGAGAACAUCCGGACCAACGUAGAGAGAAAGAUGAAUUUGAAGAAUAUUUCGAGACAGACAAUCAGAGAGAAUUGAGACAGAUUUUCUCUGGUCAAAGUCAAAUGUUCAAUGUCUUAAGAGAACUUAGCAGGAAGCUAGAUGAAAUUGUUGGAAGACAAGAAAGAACGAUAAGUUUAAUUUCACAAGUUCAAGUGGGUGGAGUAGGAGGACAAGGACAGCCAAUUCAGUUAAUAGAUACAAUUCGUCGGCAAGAAGUUGAUGCUGUUCUUAAAAAUCAAAAUAUUUUAAUCAGUACUGUUCAAGAAAUUAGAUCUUUUAUAGGCGAUGUUAAUUCUAAAUCAGAUAACAUUUUAAAUAAUCAAGCACGUAAUCCAACGGCUCAAGUGCAACCAAUGGGUUAUGAUUAUCAAGCAAUAAUAUCUGAAAUGCGGGAUAGACUUAACGUAUUGAUGAGAGAUAUUGCACAAACUAAUACAAAAUUAGCAGAUUGUCCAACAACAAAUUGUUUAACAACAAUGAUGUUCCUUUUAUUUGUGGCUAUACAAAUGAUAAUAUUAUUAGCAUACAGUUUAUAUCGGGAUAACAAAGAAGCACAGGCUAAAAAGUUUUAUUAGUGGAAAAAUUUAUAAUCAAGAACAACUAAUAGUGAAUAUAUGGCGACGAAUCUGUAAGAGUGUAUUGGGUUGGUGUUCGUAUUCCUCACUGUUCGUAUUCACCAACUAUGGUUUUACUUAACAUCUGUAUAAUAAAUGCAUCUUCUCAUUGAUCAGAUUGAUCAUAUAAUCAUUAACAACAUCAAAUGGACAAAUACAAAAUUAUUGUCCUAUGGGUAUUUAAAGCUUAAUUUCCUUUGAGAAUUCACACACAAUUUUAAUAUUCUUGAAAAUGUAUAUAUAUAUAUAUAUACACACACACGCAUAUGUAUGUAUGUAUGUAUGUAUGAUAUGCACAUAUAUGUUUAUUUUAAGAUUUUUCUUUGUCAAAAUUAUAUAUUUCGUUAAAAACAAAUCUAUAUGAAAUACACACUGUAGAUUAGCCGGUCAAUGAUUUUCAAGUCAAUUGUUGUGUAUAAUAUAUAUUUUUUUACUGUUUAUCGUUAAAAAAGCGUUUCGCGCUAUGCGCACAUAUUUUUAAAUGAUUUCUUUACUUUGAUUAUUUCUUCUAUUCCUUCUUCUUUUUUCCUUUUUUUCUUUGUUCUUAUUUUUUUUUUUUUGGAUCAAUUUUUUCUUCCUAGAUUUAUUUCCUUGAUAAUGUAGUUUAUUGCAAGAAACCUUUAUACGACAUUUUGUACCAAUUUUAUAUGAUGUAGCUUGAGUGGAAGAAAUACCAGGAUAUAUUGUAUCAGUUAAAUAAAUAAUAUAUAUAUAUAUAUAUAUACAUAUACAUAUAUAUCUAUAUAUAUAUUUAUUUAUUUCAUAACUUUUCAAACUUUUUUUAAGUUUACAAUUGCAUUUACUAUUAAUCUGAUAAUUCGUUUAACAUAGACAGAAAACUUGUUUCAGCAAAUGAUGCAAUUUUAUAAAUUUUUUAAUAUGCUGUUACGAGUUUUUUUUUUUUUUUUUUUUUUUUUUUUUGUUAUAUAUACACUUACAUUUUGGUUAGCACAUUUAGAAUCGUUGACAGGCAUUUGCUACCUUUCGAUUCUAAUAUAUGAAAUGUAUAAAACAACUAGAUAGGUACGGGGUAGACAAACACUAUAAAUAAUGAUUAUUGUAGAUGAAGUAUUGAGAGAUAUGAAAAUCAAUAUAUAUCCAUAAUUCUCAUUGCAUUUGUAAAAGUUUAUGGAAGAUUAUAAAUGUAUAAGGAAUUAUAUCUGAUAAUAAAACUAAAGAAAAAAUUACCGUC